AUGUCCCUUGGAGACAGCGGCUCAAUGGCGAUCACAGCGGUAAUCCCGAGCCAUGAGGAGAAGCGUCUUCGUGAAUUCUAUCAGAUAGUUUAUUUAUUAAGUUCCCUAGACCUCAGGAGAGGAGAUCGCAUCAAGAAAGGAAUUUCAGCUGAACAGGAAUGGAUCACUGUUGCGGAACAUAGGCGGAAUAUGGCCGACGCGUUGGCAUACAUAUCGGCGUAUGACAAAACACCGGGCCGUGUGACGGCUGUUGCGCUUGGAAAGGAAAAGGGUAAGCUAGUUGUGUGGAUAGCAGCUAAUCAGAAAGUGAGGCCCGAAGUCGAGCCUUUCCUAAAGAAGUUGUUCAAACGGCUUGAUCAAAUCGCCCAUGGCCCAGAGUUGGGUUGUGAUCGUUUGGUUAAUUUCGUCCUCCGGUUCAACUGGAAAGGAGUCCAGAAAUACUACACUAAAUUUCAUGAUUCAUGGGCUACAUACUACGAAUCUCAGCAGUCCACAGGCCACAACCACAGCAUUCUCCAAAAGUUGGACAUUUGGGUUCAAGGGACAUCCCCCAAGGACCCUAAGAAUUUGCAGCAGAAGAGUAUGGUGAACCUGGCGAGGAAGUGCCACAAGGACCGCAACCGAGACGGUGGAGUGUUCGAUUUGCUGAAGAAAGCUUCCACACAGGGAAUUAUGUCUUCAGAUGUGUGUGAGCGGUUAUGUAACCUGCUUUUAAAGAUUGGGAAACCUAUAACCUUGUGCCGAAAAUUGAUUGACGCUAGAAAGUCGCUGCCCGAGGACUUCGAGAAUGGUGCUGUGGUGAAACCAAUUCACGUCUCUCCCCGACCAUCUGAUGGGACUGAGCGGAACUAUUCCUUUGAUAGCAUUACAGAUCGAAUAUUCCCGACUGAAAGUGAGAAGCAGACAUUUUACCACCACGUUAAUCAAUUUUAUGAUCGUGAUGUGGCCUCGGAGAAAUUGCAGACUUACGUCAAUAGUCAUCCCCGAUUCCGAGUGCACGCAGAGAUUCAGCUGAUCAGCUACUUUGAUACAAAUCACAGCCCGCUACUCGAGGAAGGAAACCCAUACAUUGGAUGUAGUAAGCCUGCUUGUUACCUAUGUUACAAGUAUAUUACCCAUCAUCCUAGACAGUGGUUUCAGCCGCCUUCCCACCAAAAGCUUUAUCCUCAUUGGGGUCUCCCAGAACCGCGCGGGGAGGAGAAGCGUGAGGAGUUCUUGGCUACUACAGCAGAAGUCCUUCAGCGCGAACUAGAAGAAGAUAUUACAAAGGAGCGGGGGCCGAGAUCGGCAUGCGACGAUUCGACGGCAGGGGUCACAUCGGUUCCUCGUACCGGUGGAAUGAAGAGAGAGGAAUCUGCCAACCCACGGUUGACCUCUAAUAAAGAUAUGGUAGCAGGAAAUGCUGUCAUUGUAUCUAGGAGAGCGCUAAGGGCGGUAAUAGGAGGAGUGGAAGGAAUUGGGAAACCGGACCAUCAUGCUGAUUAUACUGAUGAUGAUGAUGCUGAUGAUGAUGCUGAUGAUGCUGAUGAUGAUGCUGAUGAUGAUGAUGAUGAUGAUGAUGAUGAUGAGGGUGGUGUAAGACUUCGUUGA